AUGCUGUUCACUCGGGCUUUAAUGCACUCGGAGGACUAUAUUGUCAAGCUCAACGACCUGCUCAUCAAGGUAGCCAACGGCAGACUGGAUCAUGAAAGUGCUGGGAUCAGACCCUCUGACCCGCCGUUGUUCUCGGGGAUUGCUGCCUGUGAUGACAUUCAGGGACAGAUCAUGUCUGGCAGGGUAAAGGCAUACGAAGGACUCGCUCGGAUGGAGCAGGACACUGCCCAUUUCACUGAUGGACAAACCGUUUCUGGCAUUGACGCCAUUGUGUUUUGUACCGGAUAUUCUCCGGAUUUGUCGUUUCUGGACGUUAACAUCAUUCAAGACGAUGGCAAGAUGGAGCUCUACAAAAUGAUCUUUCCCCUGCACGAGAAGCACCACACUCUGGCACUGAUCGGCCAACAUGGCGCGGAUGGCCCCCUGGCCGUCUGCUUCGAAACUGAAGCCAGACUAGCGACUCUGGUAAUGGCUGGAAAACACAAGUUGCCUUCACUGAAACAGAUGAAGAAGGAAGUCGAUUACUGGAAACUUCACACAUUCUACCGCAGAGGCAACUAUAAAUCCUACUUCCUAAGUGCGCUCCUCCUCACAGACUCGGUGGCAUACGAGCUGGGAUGUUACCCGUCGUUCUGGAAGAUCUUCAUCAGGGAUCCAGUCCUGGCGUUCAGGACCCGCUACGGACCCACAUAUGCAGUCCACUACCGCCUUCUGGGACCCGGCAGCCAAUGGGAGAAAGCAGCACGAUUGUCUCACAGCCUCUAUGAAGAGGGGACAAGUUCAGUCCGACACAGACAAGUCAGAAAGUUCCAGCGUCCUGAUGUUUACAUGUACAACAAGCUGAGAACAAUCAGAUUACUGAUCGUCUCCGCGGCCAUCACUGUUGUUGGUUGUUUUGCCUACAGAAUUAUGGGAACACCUGAUUCACGUCUGCUGGCAUUGUUUCAUUAA